UUCCGGUGUCUACGCUCUACCCAGGAAGUCGUCGUGUUACUUUUUUCCUCCUCCUCUUCCAGUCUUGCGAGAAACCAGACAACUAAGGGGCGUUAAGUUGCCUUUAUACCCGUGAAACUAGUAGGACAGCAGGUAUACUCCGGAUGUGUCAGGCUUCACGACUCCUUUCCUUUAACUUCCACGGUUGUCAUCGAAGACACGGAGGAGAAAUGGCUACAAGUCGGAGAAGUCCUCACACUGUCAGGAUGGAAGACUGCAGUGAAAGUUGAGGAUCUACCUGAAUCACAACUUUGCUCCAAGAUGCAUCGUGUCCCCGGUCAUAAUUUAACCACGUCUGCCUUCAGUGACACUGUAUUGUGCCCUUCUAACUUUUAUAACCGCACAACUGUAAGGUGUGGCUACAGAUCUCGAAGUAUGUACUUGUGAUGAUACACAGGCUGCCCUUCCCAUAUCCCAUUCCUAUUGUCUGUGAAAAGGACACCUCUUUCUAUUCAGAUCCUGUCCCCCUGAUCCAUCCUCCCUCCCUUUAAGUUUCUGGGCCAUGCUCCGCAAGAGAGGGUCUGUCAUUAUUUGUGGUACCUUCCUGUUUAUUACCUGGAAUGCCAUACUUGUGCUCCUGCUGUGGGGCAGACCCCCAACUGGGCAGCCAGACGAGUCUGGCAGAGAUCAGAGAGAGGUGGCUGAAAGGCCUACCAAUGAUGUGGUGGGAGAUGUGCUCCGAAUGGCAGACACGUUUGAAGCCGAGCUCGAAUUGCAGAAAAAUAUCCUGCUGCAGAUCCAGAAUCACCAGUCACUGUGGGACUUGUCAAACAAAGACAGACCAAAGGUCGUAUCCCCCAGUCAGCCUAUCAUUCCUAUCCUGGUUAUUGCCUGUAACAGGGUCACCGUGAGGCGCUGCUUGGACAAGCUCCUGGAGUACCGUCCUUCAGCAGAGCUUCACCCAAUCCUUGUCAGUCAGGACUGUGGACACGCUGAGACUGCUGAGGUGAUUCGAUCUUACGGAGAAGUAACUCAUUUGAAACAGCCUGACCUGUCGGAUAUCGCUGUGCAACCAGGGCACAAGAAGUUUCAGGGUUACUACAAAAUCUCCAGGCAUUACCGCUGGGCUCUUAACCAGGUGUUCAAAACCCUCUCCCAUACCUCUGUUGUGAUUGUAGAGGAUGAUCUGGAGGUGGCGCCAGACUUCUUUGAGUACUUCAGAGCCCUGCAGCCAGUGCUGCAAUCUGACCCCAGCCUGUGGUGUAUAUCUGCCUGGAAUGACAAUGGCAGAGAUGGCUACGUGGACCCAGGCAAGGCUAACUUGCUCUACAGGACAGACUUCUUUCCUGGUCUGGGGUGGAUGGUCCUCAAGGAUCUGUGGGAGGAGCUGGAGCCUAAGUGGCCUGCGUCUUUCUGGGACGAUUGGAUGCGUCAGCCAGAGCAGCGCCGCAACCGUGCCUGUAUACGUCCAGAGAUCUCACGAACUUUGACCUUUGGCCGGCAAGGCGUGAGCCUAGGUCAGUUUUAUGACAAGUACCUGCGUUACAUUAAACUGAAUACCGAAUUUGUGCCUUUCACCAAGAUGGACCUGAGUCACUUAAAGGAGGAGGCAUACAUAGGAAAUGUUCAGAAGGAAGUUUACAGUGCUCCUGUGGUUACAUAUGAAGAUGUGAAGCAGGGCCAGCUGAAAGGACAAGGGCCCUACCGCCUUCAAUACUCAAGCAAAGACGCUUUCAAGAUGAUGGCCAAAAACCUGGGAGUUAUGGAUGACUUGAAGUCUGGGGUCCCAAGGGCGGGAUACAGGGGAGUUGUGAGUUUCAUGUCAAGGGGACGGAGAAUCUUCUUAGCCCCUCCCCCUGGAUGGACCAAGUAUGAUACUACCUGGAGCUGAUGAUGCAGAAUAAAGCCAAUGUGUAGUAGCCUUUUGUAAUUGUCAACUUGGGAAAGCAUUCCAGACCAAAGACUGAAAUCCGUAGACUCUCUCUUGAUUGAAUGGUGUGUUCUCUGGUUGAUUGUUCUUGAUAGUACAGUAUGGAUUGUCCCUCUUUAUGGUGUUGGGGCUAUUGCCAAUGCUGCUCAGGUCUUUUUCAUUAUUCCAAAACAUUUCUUACAAUGUAGGAUACUGCCUGAAUGGUUUGUCAGACAAACUGCUGUUAUUCAACAGAGAUCUAUUUUUUAUAAUAUGCUAAUUGUGCACAUGAUGUUCAUCACUGCAUUCAAUGCAAUGACUAAUUUGCCGCUAUUGUUUAAAUUAUUUUAAUUUUCUGGUAGCCUUUGUGAACUGUUCGUGUCCUAUACAACUAUGAAAACAAUCUGUGGUAUGGUUGCUCAUGGCAGUGGUGACUGGUCAUAACUGCAGUAUAAUCAUUUGAUUAUUGGUGUUUUAUGUCUACUAUGAGAAUCAGUUCUUCCUGCUUACAUUGUAAUGUCAAUAGUUUUGUUUAAUGAUUCUUCAAUGGCAGUACUGCUUGCAGGUUUGCUACCUUGCAAGAUAUAAAAUUUGUGUGUUUGUAUAUUUUUGGAAUAAAAACAAUACACAAGA